AUGAUCCUCAUUUCAAAGCAAACACAGUAUCCCAAUAAACACAAGGAUCUUCUACAUCCUGAUCCGGCGCUUUCUUUCGUAAGCGUAGCAAUCUUCACUGCGACCUUCCCCUUUGUUGAAUUACGGGCAAUGAACAUGGCAAAAGCACUUUGGGGUCACGUAAAGCUACCGAUGACAGAGACUUUGAGAUCAGAAUGCAAUCGAACCCUGAAAGAAACCAGGUAUGGGCGUUUCACGGCUAACCUGCAUGAGAAGGAGAAGAAUUUACAGGGCAUCAUGCAGCGACGUACCACGCUGCAAAUAUCAACCUAG